AUGCUGAUCCCACGCACAGAGAAACAAUACUCAGUCGUCGACUGUUCAAACCAACUGGAGGUGAAUGAUGUCUCGGGAAUAGUAACUAUAGCUCAGGACGGAGCUCUCGACUAUGAAGAAGAAACAAGACUUCUCUGCAAAAUCAGAGCGCGCGAUGGGGAAGGAGUCGACUCUCACACUUCUGAGUGCACCGUCAACAUCACUGUGACAGACGUCAAUGAUUCUCCACCAACUUUAACUUUUGAGUUUCAGAAUAUCACAGUCCCAGAAAACACUCCGAGUGGAACAGUUCUCGACGUCAGAAUCAACGCUUCUGAUCCGGACACGACCGCCUCGCUCACCUUCGACAUAGAAUGGGCAAAGUCCACCGCCCAUAAGGGCGCCGAGGAGGUUAGCAUAGAAAAAGUCAAGAAGUGGUUUGUGGUGAAGAAAAUCGCAGAUGGAGAAGCCGCCGAAGCCGCUUUGGUGGUCGGCGACAAAGCCCCCGAUCGGGAAGACGCCGACACUUUACGACUCUCAAUUAAGGUCACUGAUGAGAAGACCGACCAAGGAUACCUCGAUAAGGCCAGUCAAUUUCUCGAGAUACAAAUCCUUGACGAGAACGACACUCCACCUGAGUUUGUUGGGGAUUACAGCGACCUGAAGGUGCUUGAGAAUUCGGAGGAAGGAACACUAAUAGUUGUUGUCGAAGCAAGUGAUGCUGAUGAAAAGGAUGCUGUCACUCUAUCAAUGUUACCAUGCGCGACCACCACAGGCGGAUGGACAGAUGGAAAAAACAGAACUCGGCAUUUCAUCGUCAUCAUCUCUUUCUUUUGCACUUUCAGCGACGAUACUUACAUCAGCAUAACACAAACGGAUGACUUCAGAGCAGAGCUCGUCGUCUCUGGAAAGACUUUAAUAGAUCGCGAGAAAAUGGAAACAAUACAAGUGAUACUCACGAUUGAGGACAGAAAUAGUCAUCUAAAGGAUCAAACGUUCACUGUAGCUGUCCUUGACGAAAACGACAACGGUCCAACCUUUCUAGAAGACAUCAUCUUCGCGAGCUUCACGCCCUAUGAUAAGAUUGGAAACAGCCUCAAACUGAUCUCGGCGAAAGAUGUGGACCAGAAUGAGGAUCUGAAUUUCCAGCUGGAAAAUGAUUUUGAAUGGCCAGAUGGAGGACUUGAUCCAGCUCCACCAGUACCUUUCAGGGUGCAGAACAAAGAGGGCAACGACGCCGAACUACUUCUCAAUUUCGACCCUCUUGGUGUCAGCAACGGUUAUUGCAACUUCACUAUCACUUGUUUGGAUAAUGAUGGUAAGCAUAAUGCGUCAGUCAAGGGAAAAGUGUACGCGAUCACUUCUGAUUUUGAAGUUGCCGUCAACUAUGAUAACCCGAGCUCUGUUAUUAGAGGCCUGUCUAUGCCAAUACAAAGCGUAUUUGGAGAAGUAUAUGGCUUUCCUAGCAUCAUAGACAGCAUAGCCGAUGGCGAAGACGACACGAAAUCUGUCGUCAAGAUGCACUUCAUUGACGAAGAGAAGAACGAACCGGUUGAAGCUUCACGCAUCAUUGAGAUGUCGAAUGAGUAUGCAAUCUCUCAAGCUCUUAUUUCCAAGAACGAAGACCUGGGCCUUAAUAUCGUGAGUGUAGGGAAUGUCACCCCAGAUCAAGGAGGGGGAGGAGUCAAUAAUGUCCUUAUCCUGGAGGUAGGUCCAUCUCUUGAAAAGGUCAAUAAGGUUUCAUGCCACUUACGUUGAAAAUAUUUCUUCGUU